UAUGUCAUCUGCAUUGUCACCCAAGCACAACAAGUUUACUGUCCAGAGCCUCAUAAACUCAGUUUCCUCAUGCUCCACUAUUUUUUCAUUCCUCUAAAAUGUUUUUAAGAACAAUGUUCGUGAGAUUGGGGCCAGUUAGUGGACAGAGUCGACUGUUGCUAAGCAGAACUAAAGGCUUUGAGCACAUCCUGAAGGAGGUUCAUUCAAAUAUGCGUUCGAACCGGCCAGUGAUCAGAGCAUUUUCGUCUGCGUUGAAUAUCUCUGACGAUCUGGAUGAAAUCUUCAAAUUCAAGGACACGAACAUCAGUAAUUGGAUCGUGGAGAGCAAAGUGCGGACGCUCUGUUGCACUUAUAAGAACUUGUCACUGGAGGAUAAACAAAAUUUUUUGUGGACACUUGCAUUACAGUAUUCGGUGGAUCAUGAACGAAUAUGUGGAAUGGCUGAGAAAUUAUUGCAAAUUGAGGGUGACAAUCAACGACAAUUACUUCUAAGAGAAAGAGUCCUCAAGAAUGCGUUGACCCCACAAUACCAGUGGUUGUUCAUUCUAAUGGGAAGACUAGAGGAAGGAGUGAAAUUCCUGGUUGACCUCCGCACAGAUGUUUUGAGGUUGCUAUCGGAAUCCAGUGACCCCGAGAAAUCAGUAACAAUGCAGCAAUUGAAUCUCACACUUCAUGAUUUGUUACUCUUGUGGUUUAGCGUUGGAUUCUUGCAUAUAGAGAGAAUAACCUGGCAGAGUUCUUGUGAUAUGCUUCAGAAAAUAUCUGAUUACGAAGCGAUACAUCCUAUAAAAAACUGGGUGGAUUUGAAGAAGCGAGUGGGACCAUAUCGAAGAUGUUUUGUGUUCACGCACCCCUCUAUGCCCCGAGAGCCCCUAGUGGUUCUCCACACAGCCUUAUGUGAUAUAAUUCCAGAGACUGUUAAAGGAAUAGAGGAAGCGGAGAGACGAAUAAUACAAAAGGCAGCAAUUCCUUCGACCCAAGAAAACACGUGUGAAAUAAGAGCGGCUAUAUUCUACUCCAUAUCAGCCACUCAAAAAGGCUUGAAGGGCAUCGAGCUGGGAAAUUACCUGAUAAAAGAAGUGGCGAGAGAAGUUACGAGGGAAUUUCCAUUGAUCGAUAAACUUGCCACAAUGUCACCUAUUCCGAAAUUCAGAUUAUGGUUCUUGGAGAAUGUUAAACAAGAUCCUUCAAAAAUAUUUACAAAAGAAGAAUCAGAAACUCUAAGAACUGUCUUGAAAACAGAAGAUUUAGCAUUGAGCCUGAAGAAACUAUUCAACAAUUCGUUAUGGACGAAUGACUGUGACUUAGCUAAAUUAUUAAAGACUCCAUUAGUGAGAUCCUGUGCCUGGUACUUGUACCGAGAGAAACGAAGAAAUUAUGCCCUCAAUAACGUAGCGAAUUUCCACCUCCGAAAUGGAGCAAUAAUGUGGCGCAUAAAUUGGAUGGCGGAUCCCUCCCCGAGGGGUGCCGAGCACAGUUGUGGAAUUAUGGUGAAUUACAGGUAUUACCUCGACGAUACCGAAGACAAUAGUCGUAAUUAUAUCGAGAAUAACAUAAUCGAAGCAUCAGAGAGUGUAAUUACCCUAGCAAAGGCUGCUGAAGCCCUGAGAACUCAAAUUAACCAAUAAUUAAAUUGUGCGAAAAUGGGAUAACUGAAUGAAAUGAUGUUUUUACUCCUCGAAUUUUAUGUUUUUAUUAAAGAUUAUUAAAUUUGUUCAUUUAUACAAUAGCCGGAUUCGGCCAGCUUCACAUACAGCACAAGAAUCUGCAGGCAAAUCUGAAACAAGUUUAAACCCUCGUCUUGAACCGAUUUACACAAUUUUAUUCUAUCUGGGGGAAUUGAGAAGUUUUCAGACGUGAGAAAAAAAUGUGAAAAAAGUGACACUGGGAGAUUAUCAUUUUUUUAAAUUCAUAAUGUACCUGUAGUCAAGGCUGAGUUUGAUGAAAAGUCGUGGGAAGAUGUGGUCUGCUCUCCAGCUUGGUGUAAUCCAGAUGAAACUCUUUAGCUACCUUCCUCCAGUUUUGCGCAUCAAAGUAGUAAUAAGUACCACGCUCGUACGUCGAAGUCUUUUCCACCAUGCCAAGUCCAGGUGCUUGCGUUAUCCAAACCUUUUCCUCCAUGUGAUAUCGCCAUUCUCUGCUGUAUCUGCAUAAAAAUAACGAGAUGGAUUGAUCAAUUCUAAGUGCAGGCCAUGUGGGGAAAGAAUAAUAAUAAAUAAAUAAGUAAUAAAUUGCAAGGUGCUAAUGAGAAGAAUUGAUUUAGAAGAUGAGAAGAGGUGCGGUUAUUUGUGAUAGGUUGCAAAGUGAUAAUAAAUCGUGCUAUGCUCUAGAUAAUUCAGGGGGAUGUCAUUGGACAGAGUGGACAUGUAAAUAGCAUGAAGAUGUAAAAGGCUGGUGUAGAUAAAAAAAAACA